GUCACGGGCUCGGGCCUGUCUCCGUUGUCGGCCCGCUCGGAACUUCGGCGCGGCACAAACAGACCGGAGCGGCGGGCGGGGCCCAAACCACCUCAGGCUGAUGAGCGCUGGCAGGGCGUGCAGCCGGGGCAGAGAGGGAGGAAACCUUCCCAGCUCUCUCCUUUCACCACCUCCACGGAGGAACCUCGAGUGGGACUGUUUUCGGUUUUUAAUGCGUGCCACAUACAGAAGACCCCUGGUUGUGUGUUGGGAGCUCUGACAGGCCCAUGCUUUUGGCUGUAAGCAUUGUAGCAGCUGUGAUGAGGCCACUACUUCCUUGCCAGAGAGUUUGACCACAGAGAGUCGCCAAGAUAGCUGGGCCAGGAAGAAAACGUCGCACCCCUGACCCAGACUCCAUUACCGACCCCGGCGGGCCGUUUGUGUCCUCCAAACGGCUGAAAAUGUCCAGCAGCACCAAUGCCCCUGGCCAGAGGAGAGUGUCUCGGGGCUUGGAUGAUGCCACCAACAAGAAGAAGCAGAAGGAUCGAGCCAACCAGGAAAGCAAGGAAGUGUCUCGCCCUGAGCUCGAGCAGGCUGAGACUGCCCAGGAGAAGGACUCAGAGGAGGAGCUGCUACUGGACUGGAAACAGAAUGCUGACGAGAUCAUUGUCAAGCUGAACUUGGGCAGUGGAGCUCUGAGGGUGGAGGAUGUAGAUGCUGAUUUCUCCGACACAGGCUGUGUGCUCAAACUACCAGACGGGCGCCAGUGGAGCUGUCAGUUCUACGAGGAGAUUGAGGGCUCCUGCAGCAAGCUCCAGUGCAAGAAGGGCAAUUUUCUACAGCUUGUGCUUCAGAAGAAGAUCCCACUCCAUACCUGGUCUUCGCUUCUGAAAAGAAGGAAAGAUGGAUCCAAAGAGCUGACCAAAGGGGCCACGUGCUGGGAGAAUGGGAAAGAGAAGGCUGCUUCUGCAGAGCUGAUCUCUGAAGAGCCAAGAGCUGAAGGCACAGAGCCACCAAGAUCCCGGCGGGAGCCCUCCAACCCCAAGCGUGCUCCGGGAAGAAGCGAGGCCCUGGGAGGAAAAAGCCCAGCCAGCCCAGGGACACAGAGUGGCCCCAGCGCCAAGCGGGCAGUAUACCUCAAAGUAGCUCCAACUGAGGAGGAGCCGAAUGCCAGAGUCACCGGGAGCACAGAGCCCAACAAAGGGCACAGCGGGAGGGCCGGGAGCCGCCGCAACGGCAGAGCCAGCCAGGUCGAUGCGCCCACAGCCCUGGCGGACAUUGCACUGCCACUGGAAAAGGCUGUGGUUUUGGCCAAGGAGACUGUUCCAGUGGAGAUGCCACCUCUUGCGGCUACCACAGAGGUGUUCCCCCACCAUGUUGCUACUUGUGUGGAGAAGAGAGUCCUGCAGCCAGGCAGCCCUGCUGAGACCUUGCGGGGCCGGGACUGCACACCUGUGCUGGGAGAGAGCUCUAAGGCUAUCCCAGUGGCCUCCCCUCCCCUGGGCAGAGAUGGUGAGAAGAGGGAUUGGUCCAAGGAUGAUGUGGCUCUGGAAGCAGCAGCUGAUGAGCCAGAGCCUUUUGUGAGCCUGUCCUUUGUCAAGAAUGACUCAUAUGAGAAGGGCAAUGAUCUGGUGGUGGUGCACGUCUAUGUGAAGGAGAUCCACAAGGAGACAUCCAAAGUGUUUUUCCGGGAACAAGACUUCACACUGGUGUUCCAGACGAGUGACACAAACUUCCUUCGCCUCCAUCCUGGCUGUGGGCCCCAUACAGUGUUCCGGUGGCAGGUGAAGCUCAGGAAUCUUAUUGAGCCGGAUCAGUGCACAUACAACUUCACAGUGUCUCGCAUCGAUGUCUGCCUGAAGAAACGCCAGAGCCAGCGCUGGGGGGGGCUGGAGGCUCCAGCCACACGAGGUGCAGUGGGUGGUGCAAAGGUUGCCAUGCCUACAGGCCCUACCCCUCUGGAUAAGAACCCUCCGGGCAGUAACCAACACCCCCUGUCCAGCAAGGAGGAGGCCCGAACCAGUGACAAAGAGAAGCCACGUGUGGAAGAUGGGGGUCUGGAUGGUGUGGCAGCCCGUACAGCCUCAGAGCACGUGGCAGUGAAGCAAGAGCCACACAUCCCAUCGCCUAAACCAACGUGCAUGGUGCCACCGAUGACACACAGCCCGGUGAGUGCCGAGAGUGUGGAGGAUGAUGAGGAUGAGGAUGAGAAGAAGAAGGUCUGCCUGCCUGGCUUCACAGGGCUGGUGAACCUGGGCAACACCUGCUUCAUGAACAGUGUCAUUCAGUCCCUGUCCAACACCCGGGAGCUGCGUGACUACUUCCAUGAUCGGUCCUUUGAGUCGGAAAUCAACUACAACAACCCUCUGGGGACGGGGGGACGCCUGGCCAUCGGCUUUGCCAUGCUGCUUCGGGCGCUGUGGAAGGGCACACACCAUGCCUUCCAGCCCUCCAAACUGAAGGCAAUUGUGGCCAGCAAGGCCAGCCAGUUCACUGGCUAUGCCCAGCACGAUGCUCAGGAGUUCAUGGCCUUCCUGCUUGAUGGCCUGCACGAGGACCUCAACCGCAUCCAGAACAAGCCCUACACAGAGACUGUUGACUCGGAUGGGAGGCCCGAUGAGGUAGUAGCUGAGGAGGCUUGGCAGCGACACAAGAUGAGGAACGACUCGUUUAUAGUAGACCUCUUCCAGGGCCAGUACAAAUCCAAGCUGGUGUGCCCAGUAUGUUCCAAGGUGUCUAUCACCUUUGACCCCUUCCUGUACCUCCCCGUGCCUCUCCCACAGAAGCAAAAGGUGCUGACUGUCUACUACUUUGCAAAAGAGCCACACAAGAAGCCCAUCAAGUUCCUCGUGAGUAUCAGCAAGGAGAACUCCAGUGCCAUGGAGGUGCUCGAGUCAGUGGCCCACAGUGUGCGUGUGAAACCAGAGAACCUGCGCCUGGCAGAGGUGAUCAAGAAUCACUUCCACCGCAUGUUCCUGCCGUCCAACUCGCUAGACAUGGUCUUGCCGACAGACCUGCUGCUCUGCUUCGAGGUGCUGUCCCCAGAACUGGCCAAGGAGCGGGUGGUGGAGCUUCAGGUCCAGCAGCGUCCACAGGUGCCCAGCGGUCCCGUCGCCAAGUGUGCAGCCUGCCAGAAGAAGCAGCUGCCAGAGGAUGAGAAACUCAGGCGCUGCACGAGGUGCUAUCGAGUCGGUUACUGCAAUGUGGCAUGUCAGAAAACACACUGGCCAGACCACAAGGCUUCGUGCCGCCCCGAGAACAUCGGUUUCCCCUUCCUCAUCAGCGUGCCGGAGUCCCGCCUCACCUACGCCCGCCUGGCCCAGCUGCUGGAGGGCUAUGCAAGGUACUCAGUCAGCGUGUUCCAGCCUCCGUUCCAGCUAGGACGGAUGUCACCGGAGCAGGGGCUGCAGCCUCUGCACUCGGACAAGCUGGAGCCCUUGGCCAAGAGCAGCUGUGCAGCAGCCACCUCUGCCUCUGAGCUGGGGGAGGGGGACAGGGCUUCCAGCCUCCUGCAGGAGCCCCCACUCUCACCAGCUGUGCCUGAGCUACACCCGGAGAUGGGGGACACUGGCACUGUCCGGAGCAAGGUUCUGACAGCCAGGAGUUCCCUGCUGAGCUUGGAUUCGGGCUUCUCUGAGCACAUGGAGUCACAGGGUGACAGCUGUUGUGAGAAGGAGCCAUCCUAUGAGAGAGCCAUCAAGCCAGAAGCUGCCAUCCCUGGGUACCAGCACACUUCAGACUCGCUGAGUGCCCGCGCCACACAGUUCUACAUCAAUAAGAUCGAUGCUGCCAACCGAGAAUACAAGCUUGAAGAUAAAGGUGACACACCCCUGGAGCUGACAGACAACUGCUCCCUCGCCCUGGUGUGGAAGAACAAUGAGCGCCUGAAGGAGUUUGUGUUGGUGGAAUCCAAGGAGUUGGAGUGUGUGGAGGACCCAGGCUCAGCCAGUGAAGCAGCCCGGGCUGGUCACUUCACCCUGGAGCAGUGCCUCAAUCUCUUCACCAAGCCCGAAGUCCUGGCCCCAGAGGAAGCGUGGUACUGCCCCAAGUGCAAGCAGCACCGCGAGGCCUCCAAGCAGCUGAUGCUGUGGCGGCUGCCCAACGUCCUCAUCAUCCAGCUCAAGCGCUUCUCCUUCCGCAGCUUUAUUUGGAGGGACAAGAUCAAUGACAUGGUGGACUUCCCUGUCCGGAGCCUGGACCUGAGCAAGUUCUGCAUUGGCCGGAAGGGUGAGCAGCAACUGCCUAUGUAUGACCUGUACGCUGUGAUCAACCACUACGGAGGCAUGAUUGGGGGGCACUACACGGCGUACGCCCGCCUGCCCAACGACAAGAACAGCCAGCGCAGCGACGUAGGCUGGCGGCUCUUUGACGACAGCACAGUCACCACCGUGGAUGAGAGCCAGGUGGUGACCAGAUACGCAUAUGUUCUCUUCUACCGCCGGAGGAACUCUCCCGUGGAGAGACCCCUGCCAGGGCACCCCUCAGACCAUCGCACUGAGCGCACCCCCUCUGCCGAAGCUGCUGCCAGCCAGGCUUCUCUGAUCUGGCAGGAACUGGAGGCUGAAGAACAAGAGCUGCAGCUUGAGGCACCCCAAAGGCCUUCAAGAAACUCCUGGAGGCCCCGUGGCCAGAAGCGAAGUCCGGGCACCCCCCAGCACCCUGAUGAAGGCUGCGUCAGAUACUUUGUCCUGGCCACCACGGCCGCAAUUGUGGCUCUCUUCCUGAAUGUCUUCUACCCACUCAUUUACCAGCCCCGCUGGAGAUAGGCAUAGGCGCGUGGCCAGCUGCAGGAGCAGGGCCGCCAGGGCACGCGCCGUCCUAGGAUGCUACGCGACCAAGACAUCGGGCAGCAGGACAGAAACCUCCGGGAAGGACUCGCCAAGGGAAGCAUGGGGCCGUCGGCUCCUGCCUGUCUGCUCUGGCAUCUCCUGUGCCAGCUGGCAGGGCUGUGUGGCCAGCCCGCUGCCUUGCCAAGGCGCAGCCCAGAACCAGGAGCUCCUCUGCCCUCCCUUACUGGGAGUGGGGCAGACCUCAUGGCUACCUGCUGCACAGGAAGGGACAUUGCUGCUGCAGCGCAGCUGGGACCUGGGACCCCCAUGGGCACAUCGACUAUCUCUGCUUGGCUCCCAAGAAGGAACUGGAGACCUGCCGAGAGGCUGCAGCAAGGGCAGGAUGCCCUGACAUGGGUCCUGGCUAGCCACCCCUCUCAACUGUGCUGCUGCAGGAGUCUAGAGUUCCCUCUGGGCUGGCGCGACCCGUGGCUCCUUGGCCAGCCCAGUCCUGCCAGCCUCCCGCUGAGCCUUCUGAUGCCAGCUGCCUGUGCACCAGGAGUUGUGUGCACCGCACUCCUGUGCUGGGGCUGAAUGGGCUUGUCACUGAGGGCUUGUGUGCUUCUCUGCUCAGCCCUGGACGGCUGCUGGGGAGAGAGCCUGGCAAUCCGGACUGGGGUGCCCAUGGUGAGCACCUGCCUCUGGGCUGUUGGCUCCCACUAGUCCUUGGGGCUGUGGGCUGUCAGCAUUUGGGGACGUUGGUCUCUGCCGGGGGAGUGUGGUGCAGCCCCUCAUUUGUGAGGGGACUGGCUGCCCAUGCUACGGGAGAGGCGUGGGGUCGGGGAGCACAGGUAGGAUCUCAGUGCGUUAAUAAAAGCCAGGUUUUCCAAAGA